AUGGUGGCGCGCAAGCUGCGAGCCAACGCGCUGCGGCUCGCCUGGCAGGAGCCCCUCCUCCUUUCCGCCGCUGCGCCUGAGCCCACCGCCGAGUCCAAGGUCGCCGAGUGCGUGCCGGAGGAGGAGCGGCCCCUGCUCGAGCGGCUCGCCGCCGCCGCGCAGCUCCACGACGACCUCAAGGCCGAGCUGCACGCCGAGCUCCGCCUCGGGGAGCCAGAGUCGUCCAAGCGGCUCACCGCGGCACACUCGAAGGAGCCCCACUCCUGCGCCCCCCCUUCAAUCACCGCCGCGGCCAAGCGAGUCGCGGCUGCGAGCAGCAAGGCCGAGAAGAGCGACAGGGGCGACCUCAGGAGCGACCUCAGGAGCGAGAUCAGGAGCGAGAUCAAGAGCGAGAUCAAGAGCGACGCCAAGAGCGACGCCAAGGGCGACAAGCCGCCUCCCGCAAAGAAGGCGCCGCCGCGCCUCGCGCGGCCUGCGCGCGCAGCGACGCACCAGGCGGCGGCGGCGGCGGCGCCGGCGCUGCCAGCCAGCGUGCAGCAGGCGGCAGCAGCAGCAGCGGCGACGGCGGCGGCAGCGACGGCGGCGGCCGCUGCGGCGGUGGCCCAGCAGCAGGCGAGAAAUGCGGCGCUCGAGCCGACGAUCCCGCAGCCUCCCCCGGCGCUCGUAGCUGCGGCGGCGCCCGCACCCGUCGCACCGCCGCCGCCAGCAGUGGCUGUGGCGCCGGCGCCGGCGCCGGCACCGGCACCAGGGCCACCUCCGCAGCCGAACAUGGCAGCCAUCGCGCAGAACAUGCAGCCAACGAUGGCGCGCCUCGCCGCGGCGCGCCGAUGGCUAGAAUUGCGGGCUCGCUGUUCGACGCCUUCAACCCGCCGCUUGCGCCGCCGACGAUGCCGCCGACGAUACCGUCGCUGCCGCAGACAGCCGCAGCGCCGCCCCAAUCCUGAGCCA